UCCAUUAUGUCUGGCAGAGGUAAAACCGGCGGAAAGGCCAGAGCGAAGGCAAAGACUCGCUCCUCCCGCGCUGGGCUCCAGUUCCCCGUCGGCCGUGUUCACAGGCUGCUGCGUAAAGGCAACUACGCACAUCGCGUUGGUGCCGGCGCCCCCGUCUACCUGGCGGCUGUGCUGGAGUACCUCACCGCUGAGAUCCUGGAGCUGGCUGGAAACGCCGCCCGCGACAACAAGAAGAGCCGUAUCAUCCCCCGCCACCUGCAGCUGGCCGUCCGCAACGACGAGGAGCUCAACAAACUCCUGGGCGGAGUGACCAUCGCUCAGGGCGGCGUGCUGCCCAACAUCCAGGCUGUUCUUCUGCCCAAGAAGACCGAGAAGGCCCCCAAGUCCAAGAAACAAUCCACAUCCAUUAUGUCUGGCAGAGGUAAAACCGGCGGAAAGGCCAGAGCGAAGGCAAAGACUCGCUCCUCCCGCGCUGGGCUCCAGUUCCCCGUCGGCCGUGUUCACAGGCUGCUGCGUAAAGGCAACUACGCACACCGCGUUGGUGCCGGCGCCCCCGUCUACCUGGCGGCUGUGUUGGAGUACCUCACCGCUGAGAUCCUGGAGCUGGCUGGAAACGCCGCCCGCGACAACAAGAAGAGCCGUAUCAUCCCCCGCCACCUGCAGCUGGCCGUCCGCAACGACGAGGAGCUCAACAAACUCCUGGGCGGAGUGACCAUCGCUCAGGGCGGCGUGCUGCCCAACAUCCAGGCUGUUCUUCUGCCCAAGAAGACCGAGAAGGCCCCCAAGUCCAAGUAAAGCAAAGCUUCUGGAAACCACCGACACAAAGGCUCUUUUAAGAGCCACACACUCUCCUCCAAAGAGCAAAACUCCUCAUGUCAGACAGCAACUUAAAGUAUACACAAAAGACGUUUUUAGAUUGGAUUCAACUUUAUUGUCAUUGCACAGUACAAAUGCUUGUUAAAAACCAAAUGCAGUUUAGCAUAUAACCAGAAGCGCAAUAAAAGGCAGUAAUAGUGCAGAGUGCAUAUUUAAAGUGAAGUGACAUUUGUUAAUACAUAAGAUAUGUACAGUGAUAAAUAUAUAUGGAAUAGUGCAGUAUUUAGAGGUAUUUUGUGAUAUAAGAACGAUGAAUACACUAUGAGCAAGAUACAUAUAUAUGCAUAUAUAUCUAUCUAUAUAAAUAUGAAUACACUAUUGGAUGCAUAAAAGAUACAAA